CCCAGCUCAAGUCUGCCCAACUCUUUCGUCAUGAUGAGGGGAGGGAAAUAUCAAAUAUGAUAGAAGAACAUCUCGCCCAUCCCACCGAAACUUUUUCCCGGGUUUUUACCGUCGACUGAUACGAACUCUACGGCGAACUUCUUCAACUAUCAAGGAGACAUCAAUUGCCGGCGGCAAGAUAAAUUUCGGUUUUUCGGCGGUACUGAGGUUUUUGGGUUGAAACCAAGUUCCUGACUGUAACGGAAUUUCUGUUUCGGUUCAAGUAUCGGGCCACGACUCUUUUAUGCGGUUGUAUUUUAUGUGAAGAAGUUUUACAAGAAGCAAAUUUUCUGAAAGCGAGGAGUAUUUUAUAGAUCCGAUGCAAAUCAUAACAUCUCCGAGCUAAUCUCCUCGGUCUUUUCCCUUCCUGUCUUUGGAGAAAAAAACGGAAACCUGUUCUCCAUCGAAGAUCAAGUCGGUCCUUUUCAAUCAGAGCGAAACACGGUUUUCGUCACGGAAAUCAACUGUAAAGCAUCUCCGAAGCGGAAGAUACAGGACACACCUUGUUUGUUCGACCGGAUACCUCUUGUUGGUAUCUGAGUAACGACGCGAUCUCCCCGGAGAGAAAAGCUCGGUCCGGUGUGCACUUCCUUGAAAUCGCCGGAGAAGUGGACGGGAAGCGGUCUCCUGGAGGAGGAGGAGGAGAACAUAACAGAUGUGAAGAUAUCGUUUCUCCGGCAGCAUACGUCGGAAUAGAAAGUUUACAGAUAAGGUAAUGGUUGUCUCUUUUGAAGCAAUCAAGAAAAGGACUGAUUUUUGGACCGAUCAAAAUUCAAAAGGUGGGAUGAUCAAGUCAAUAUUAUUUGCUGCAAUGGAUGACUGCUCAAAAUGCUGAGAGAAAUAGUUAUUUUUUGAUUUAUUUUCUUCCCCAACUUAUGUAAGCAUGAAACUUGAUAGUGAAUCCCUGUUUUGCCAUCCAAGUCCAGCUCCUAAGACUGAUACCCAAUCUUUUGAUGAUGCUCUGGAGACUGGGCAAUGGAAAAAAGACAACAAGAACAUGAAAGACAAGCACAAAAUUUCAUAUGACUUGAGAAGCCAAAGUUGUGAAAUGGAUAAGGAUUCAUUACCAGUGGAGAAACAAACUGGAGAGAAUGUAAGGAAUGUAAAAGGGUUACACGAUUUUGUGAGCAUGGAUGAUUUAAUAAAUGGCAGAGAAGGAAAGAUUGGAGAUCACAUCCCAACAUAUGUCCUUCCUUCUGGAGAAAUCAAAUUGUCAGAGAAAGUGACAAAGUUUUAUACUGAUAAGAGUGUUAUGGAGUGUGAAGUGCCAGAGCUGAUUGUUUGCUUCAAAGAGGGUCCUUAUCAUGUCGUCAAGGACAUCUGUGUUGAUGAAGGAGUACCUUCUCAGGACAAGAUUUUGACCGAAAAUGGUCAGGUGGACUGCAAGCCCUGCUCCAUGCAUUCUGACUUGGAUGUAAAUAGUGAUUUGACUAAACAAAUGGUGGGCUCAGUAACACUUGAUUCAGACGUGAUGAAAUCUUUGGUUCAAAGUGAUUGCGAAAAAAAUACUGAUAGCCAAUGCAAUUCCAAGGAUUUGUUUCAGAAAGAUGAGAAAAAUGCAGAUGUAGAAGAUGAGAUUGCACAUGCACACAUCUUGGAUAAAAAGGUUAUGUCUGAAAACAUGCUUUCGGUGGGAAAGUUGAAAACAGAGAAAUCCUGCCCUGAGUUAACCAAUUUUGACAGCAAUGGAGAGCAACAAGCCCACAACCAGGAUAUGAGCAGAGAAGGUACCUUAGCAAACUCUGCAGUGCCAUCCCCUGCAGCUGAAUCUGAUAGCAGCAACCCAGACAACAAGGUCCCUUUAAAUAGUAAGGUGGAGAACAGAAGCAUCACCUUUGAUUCCAACCCUUCAACAUCAGCAACCAGUGGUAGAGUUGAAAGCAAACAAAAAGCAGACUCUCCACAACCUCUUCAUACUCUACUAAACACAUCCAGGCUCGAGGAUGGACCAGUGGAAAGCCUAACAGCUUCAAGUAGAAGUUUUUUCAUUCAACAUGGUCAUGGAGAGUCGAGUUUCUCUGCAGUAGGUCCUAUGUCAGGCUCAAUAACAUACUCAGGACCCAUACCAUAUUCUGGUAGCAUCUCUCUUCGGUCAGAUAGCAGUACAACCAGCAAUCGCUCUUUCGCAUUUCCCAUAUUGCAUUCAGAAUGGAACAGUAGUCCAGUGAAAAUGGCUAAGGCAGAUCAGAGACACUUCCGGAAGCAUCGCCGUUGGAAGAUGAAUUUUCUCUGCUGUAGUUUCUGAUUGCUUCUCUUUGUCCACAAUGUUUAGGCUCAGCUAUACAUCAUCAAAAUACUGCAUUUCCAUGUGGUAUAUCAUAUUCAUAUCCUUUGCUCUUGCUUGGUAUGUAUUGUGUAGUUGGUCCAAAGUGGUGUGCUUUUGGUUACAGUUUGAAGCAUGAAGGUGGAGAUGCAAGCAAUUUAUUAAUGUUGUUAUGUCAUCAGCAUCUAUACCAUAAAUCCUUUAUCUAGAAAUUAUCAAUUAGAACAUCAUUACAAAAUAUAAUCAACGCAUUAAAGGCUGCAAUGACAUUCUUGAA